AUGGCUUCGCCGUACUUGUGGUUAUGGACGGUACUAGCGUUUCUGUUGACGUGGACGUCGCUCUACAUAGCCAACCAGAGUAAGAAAAAGCCAAAGUUGACGGAUUUAGAGGUGGAAGAGAGAAGAGACGACGGUGGUGCAGACGUUAUCAUCGUCGGAGCCGGUGUUGGCGGCUCUGCUCUUGCCUAUGCUCUUGCUAAGGACGGGAGGAAAGUACAUGUGAUAGAGAAGGACAUGAGAGAACCAGAAAGAGUCAUGGGUGAGAUAAUGCAACCUGGAGGACGUUUGAUGCUAGCAAAGCUUGGACUUCAAGGUUUGUUACCCUCCACUUCAUACGUGAAUUGCCUUAGUUUCAUAAUGAGUUUAAUAACUUGUAUAGAUAUUCAAUUAGAUUGUUUGGAGGGAAUAGACGAGCAGAAAGUGACAGGCUUGGCACUUUAUAAAGAUGGAAAGAAAACCAUCUUGCCUUUUCCAGUGGAUAAUAACAACUUUCCUCAUGAACCUUCUGCUCGAUCUUUUCACAAUGGCCGAUUUGUCCAGAGACUAUGCCAAAAGGCUUCUUCGCACUUCAAUGUACGACUUGAAGAAGGGACUGUAAAAUCUUUGAUAGAAGAAAAGGGAGUGAUCAAAGGCGUUACAUACAAAACCAGCUCAGGCGAAGAAACAACAGCCUUGGCACCUCUUACUGUGGUCUGUGACGGUUGCUACUCACGCCUUCGUCGCUCUCUUAACGACAACAAUGCGAAGGUUCUAUCAUUUGUAAUUGGUUACAUCUCCAAGAAUUGUCGGCUUGAAGAACCAGACACCAUACAUUUGAUAAUGUCUAAGCCAUCAUUCACAUUGUUGUAUCAAAAUAGCAGCGCUGAAGUUCGGUGUUUUACUGAGAUUUCUCCUGAUAAUGUUCCUUCCAUCUCAAAAGGUGAAAUGACUACUUUCUUCAAGAAAACUGUAGCUCCUCAGAUACCUCCAAAACUACGUGAAAUAUUAAUGAAAGGGAUCAAUGAAGGAGCAAAAAUGGACGUGGUGGCAACAAAGAACAUGUCGGCGAUAUUGGGCGACAAGAAAGGAGUGAUUGUGUUAGGAGAUGCAUUCAACAUGCGUCAUCCAGUAAUUGCGUCUGGAAUGAUGGUUCUACUGUCUGAUAUUCUCAUUCUACGUCGUCUUCUCAAGCCAUUGAGAAACUUUAGUGAUUUUAACAAAGUCUCAGCAGUCCUCAAGUCCUUUUACAACAUCCGCAAGCCAAUGUCUUCAACGGUGGACACAUUGGGGAGUGCAUUUUUUCAAAUAUUGGUUGCAUCUACGGACGAAGCAAAAGAGGCAAUGCGACAGGGUUUCUUUGAUUACCAUUGUGGUGGUGGCUUUGCCAAGUCAGACACGAUGGCCCUGCUCGGUGGCAUGAACCCGCGACCACUCUGCCUCAUCCGCCAACUUUUAUCCAUUAUCUUAUUCUCUGUUGGCACUUUACUCUAUCCCUUCCCUUCUCCUCUUCGCAUUUGGCGCAGCCUCAAACUUUUGUGGUUGUCUUGGAGAAUGUUGGGUCCACGUCUCAAAGCUGAAGGGGUGAGGCAAAUGUUGUCUCCAGCUAACGCAGCAGCGUAUCGCAAAAACUUUAUGGGUGCAAAUACUUUCUAA